GUCUGUCCUUGAUAGAGAAAGCCGUAGCCUCCCGCCAUAGAGGUCUGUCCUUGGUUCCCUUGCAGUCCUUCCCGUUACAUUGGGCGUUACGAUGGCUCUUUUGCCUUGGUGUUCAAUGCCUAGGCUAGUCACGGGCUUAGUGCCGUACUAGUAUUUGUGGCAAGUCGGAUCUUUUGUGAUGAUGAUGACAAUGAAGAAGCUUGCCAGCGCUUGCUGGCAGGGUCAAAUAUAAGUACCAGAACUCCGUUUGAAAUCCCACAUCUACUACUAUGGCCGCACCAUUGAAAGACGCCAGCAAGCUUGAUAUUUGGAAAAGUAGCAGACCGAUUGCUCCCACGUUUUCUGACCCGCUCGAACAUCGGGCGUUCCUGAAAUUCCGCUUGGCUCAAGCAUAUCGUAUCUUUGGAAAGUAUGGUUAUGAUGAAGGCGUUGCUGGACAUAUCACUGUCCGGGACCCGAUCAGACCAGAUUGUUACUGGGUCAACCCCUGGGGCGUUCACUUCAAGCUCAUACAGCCUGAGGACCUCCUCCUCGUGGACCACGGAGGGAAGAUACAAGAAAACGAAUCUGGACCCUCCCGGUGGCUCAACCGGGCCGCGUACAUGAUCCAUUCAGCGGUUCAUGAAGCUCGCCCAGAUGCUAUCUGCGCUGCGCAUUCGCAUACUACGUAUGCUAAGGCGUUUAGCGCUCUUGGGAUACCCCUUGAUCCCCUUACUCAGGACAGCUGUGCAUUUUAUGAGGAUCAUACUCUGUAUAGCCAAUUUCGUGGCAUCGUCGAUGACCGCGAGGAAGGUCUGGCUAUAGCCAAUGCUCUGGGUUCGAAGAAGGCUGUCAUCCUCCAGAACCACGGGAUCCUCGUUGCCACCAAGUCGAUUGAAUCUACCGUUUUCUUCUUCAUCUCUUUGGAAAAGUGCUGCAAGGUCCAAAUGGUAGUGGACCAGGCCGCCACGGCUCGUGGACUUAAACCGCGUCUUAUUGACCCAGCAAGUGCGGUCCAGACAUGGGAACGCCUUGGGUCUGAGAUGGGGGGCUGGUUUAAUGGGAUUCCCGAGUUUCAGCUCUUGGAGCACGAAGAAGGAAAGAGAUUCGAGUAUGUUCCUGCACCCUAG